CACGGCAGAUUCCAUCGAACGACGUACCCGGCAUUCCUGAACGCCACUCAGCCUGAAAACGUCAUGUCGCAAGGUGCAGAGUCAGAAGACGCUCUCCGAAGGAAAAACAAGCCGCCGCGCGGACGACGGCUUUCGGCUUCUCGGCUGCCGGCGACGACUUCCGUUUCGUGCACAGAGCUCGUGCCAGACUCCAGGACGGACCUUCGUCCAGUUGAGAGUCUCAAGCGCGCCGCCGAAGUAGGCCUCUCGCAAGAGCCGGCAUCCGAUAAUGCCAAACCAGAACCAGCAAGUACGAGGCCCGAGAAGUUGAGAAGGCCAUCCAAGGGCGGUUCCGAAACGGACUCCCGACUGUCACGACGGAGCAAGAGCAGAAGCGGGAUCCAGGGCCGCACAAUCAAGCCGAGCUCCCAGCCGGAGGCCUUUUCGGACACCAGCAGUGUCGCCCCUGCGGCGCCGGUGCCGGUCAAGGAAUGCGACACCGUCGUCUCCACUGCAUCAUCGUCGGAGGCAAAUAGACCGAAUAAAACGACCCUGCGGGACGCCAAUGACCAUUCCUCGCGCCAGGAUGCGCUGAAAGGCUCCCGCGCACGUCCAACACUCCGUGAGGUGUCCAGCACCAGUAACCUCCAUGCGGGCCUCGACAUACGGCAACCGCCUCCCGAAGACGGCAGCAUGGGCCAAGGUCAGCCGCCUGAAUCAGUCCGCACUGUCCCCGCCCGCACGCCAGAUUCGAAGACAAGUGCGAAAACCGCGGUUCCAGCUCAACCACGGCCCGGCGUGCCCGGGCACUCAGUCAGCCAGCGCCCGUCAAAUCAAGUAGCGUCGGCGCCCUAUGGAUGGCUGAGCCCGAUUUUGCUCACGUCUGCACGCACGAUUUCCUUGCACGACGCACUGGCUGUAACCAAUCCGGACCCGAGCGUCGCCUCUCUCGUGGGACUCCAGGACAAGGCAGAAGGCUCGCAGUCGAAGUCACGGACUGCUUUAAGCCCUAGGCUUCUCGCCUUGGCUUCAAUCCUGCGGAAUACACGGAGCACCACCAGCGGCUACGCACAUUUCUUCGGUCGAGCAGCAUUUGCCAUCUUCGCGUCACUUGCACUAAUCUUGAUGGUCGUCGUGGCUAUCGCACUGCUGCUUAUGGCCACGAACCAACCAACCGUCAAAGAUUUGUGCAUCACGGAAGACUGUCACGUUCAUGCAGCACUGCUCCACAACGCACUAAACGAAAGCAUCGAUGCCUGUGAAGACUUUCGUGCUCACGUAUGUUCCAAAUGGUCCCCACCUGGUGAGAGGAAGCAGUUGCGAGACUUUGACACGUCCGUCAUGGAAUGCAUGGUGUUUUCUUGGUUAUUCGGCUUGGAGGAGACUCUACGGGAAGGCUCGAAAAGGUUCGCCUUUGGCCACAAAGCAUUACACAUGUUCCAAUCCUGCACGAGUGGCCCCUCUGAAUACGGUUCAACGAUGAAUGUAUUUCGCAUGUUUAUCCAACAACUCGGUUUGUCCUGGCCAGAACAACCAACGCAGCCGGUCGACGCCCUGGAGGUGCUCCUCAGGUUAGCUUAUGAUUGGCACAUCGAAUUCUGGUUCACCUUGCAGAUACUCAAGUAUGGUGUAGGGACAGGAGACUUCUGGCGACUCUCUCUGGAACCCGCUCCACAGCUGCCCUUCUACCUCCAACACCACCGCAGCGUCGUCAACUCUGGGGGAUACUACGAGCACUGGAGCCAGUUCUAUAGGGCAUUCACCAGCACUAUCCCUAUCGACAGUGCGCGGCGAGCCACAGAGGCCGCCCGCCUAGAAGGCGACAUCCUCGAGGCCCUCAACCAAGCCCUUCAUGUGUCUCCAAAAGAAGCGGCGACAUUCCCCCUUGGAGAAAUGGAAGUUUACACACCGAGCGUACAGUCGGUCCGUUGGAUAAAACGUUUACAGAACGUAACUGACAUUAAACCCACGCUGAAGCAACAGGGUGAUGUUGUAGUCAGCAACAUGAAGUUCCUGCUCACUGUGGGGGAGGUUUUCGGCAACUACUCGAACCAGCUAAUUCUGGAAUUUCUUUCAUGGCAGUUCGUUGAGCACUACGGUCCGGUUGCCGACAGCCGCCUACUGUUGACGCGGUACGGAGACCAGACGAUAGCCGAUACACUGAGACCAGCAUUUUGCGCAUUUCACAUAGAAGUGGCGUACAAGGCCGUGUUACUGCCAAUGCAGUUUGCGCUCAGAAUAACGAAGGAACACAGGCUGCAGAUAUACCGAGGAUUUCGACGCUUGAGGUUGAAGGCCGUGCACUUUGUGAACUCGUCCGAUUGGCUGGACUCGGAGAGCAAGGAUUCAAUGGCAGCGAAGCUUAGCACACUUGAGCUGGCGGUGUGGCCUCCGGCAGAGUACUUAACCAACGAAAGCCUCGAAGAGAUUUUCAAGACUUACCCCGAACAUGAGCAAACGUUCGGCAGCUACUGGAUCAAGUCAAUUCAGAGUCUGCGCACCGCCAAAAGGGAUUCUGCCUACAAAUAUAUGCAAGGGCUGCCACUGAACUACGCACAGCCCUAUUUCAUAUACGACUAUUUUAUGAACAGCGUUCGCGUGGCCAUUGGCGCCGUCAGCCGUCCACUGUACUACAGCGAGGGCACACGUGCCAUGUUCUACGGCGGCAUAGGGUUCUCCUUGGCGUUUGAACUGGUCAAAGCACUCGACCGAGAGGGCCUCCGCUGGUCUAGGUAUGGUGGAGUGGUCACCUCAAUCAUCAGCGCAAACUCGAAGGCGGCUUUUGAUGAGAGAGACAACUGCCUCAGCAACAGCGAUGAACGCGACCACAGCUUGUUUCCAGAGAUUCCGGCACUGGAGAUUGCCUACUCCGCGUUUGUGGAUGCUACAAAGGAAGCUGAGAAAGAACUCUCCAUCAGUGCCGAUUUCUGGGAAACACAGGUGUUCUUUCUGACAAUGUGCUAUAUGACAUGCAGUGUGAAAGGUGUCGUUCAUCCCUUCUCGGCGAAUUGCAACAAACUUGUGCGGAAUUCCUUGGCUUUCGCAAGCGCCUUUAGCUGCCCGCUGGGAUCCAAGAUGAAUCCAUUGAAGAAGUGCACUCUCUUCCGAUAGGUAAAAGGGUGCCCCGAACAACAAUGUCAAUUACUGUCGCCCUAAAUGAUUAUGCACAGCUUUUCACCAGCAUAUUUCGAAGUACUGAGAGCCACAUUGCGAUUGACGUCGUUUGCAUUUCACUUUUUUUUUGAGUUGAUGGCUUUUAAUGGAAUUUGGUUGUAAAUCCUCGAACACACUUAACGCGGAGAGGCCGAAGCGCUCAUCACCGCGACAAUGACUGGUUUCAAACCGUGCAAUGUAUUUUACUUAUUACGAAGUGUUAAAUUGUGUAUGCCACUCCACUAGGUACUUUAAGGCAGUCAAUUAUUUUCUUCGGGACAGAACUUUCUCCACAUUCCAUGCGUUUUCGUGACAGCGUCGAGACUGUCUUUACAGCCUUAUUUUAUGUGCCGAAUUUCCCGUAUUUAAAUUGAGCUCCCUGCGAUUGCGUGAGAAAUGUGCAAACACAACGUUUUUUUUCUAUUGCAGUUCUCUGCUGACCAAUGCGGGCGAUAUUUUCAAACAAAUUCAAUUUAGUAAUUUCAGUUCUGCGCACUAUCUGCAAACAAGGACAAGAAAAACGUUUAUAUCACUGUUUAAGGUAUUAUUAUGAGCAUGUUCAAGUACAACCAUUCUAUCCAACCAUGGCGUUUUUUUUUCUUUAUCGAAUACAAAUGCUACCCGUAAUACAGAAUGAAGACCACUUACAUUACGCCGAGACACGCACCCUAAGCUACAUAGUGCAAUGAAACCCCGAAAAUCGUGCAAAUAAACACAGUCGCCCAGAA